CUUCCCUCAGCAGACACCGUCCAGCAGCAGAAGCGCACGCACUCUCCUGCAGCCGCUCCAGCAGAGACCCUUCACUCCGCGGACUCCUACCAUCCUUCCAUCCAUCCUUCCAUCCAUCCACCCCUGGAUCUUGACGGAGAAGCUUUUGGAGCUAAAAAUUGAAUAAAAAAAAUAAACGGAAUCUAUCGCAAAGGAAGUUGACUUUUCGAGCUGCUGAUCCCGACACUGCUGCGCCACCAUGUCCGAGGUGUUGCCCUACAACGAGGGGAAGAUGAGCGGCUACGGGGCGGACAGCGAGGUCGGCCAGAUGCCCUUUAGCUGCGGACUGCAGGACACAAGCGCCUUCUUCGCCGCCUCGCAGGCGAAAAGACCCCCGAAGCUGGGACAGAUCGGCAGAGCCAAGCGAGUGGUGAUCGAGGACGACCGAAUAGACGAGGUCCUGAAGGGGAUGACGGACAAGUCAUCGCCAGGCGUCUAAACACGAACCAUGCCUUGCAGACUUUUUUCAUUUUUGAUCACCGAUUUGAAGCACUUGUCGGCUGUGCAUGUUCCAGGAUUGCAGGAGAGAACGAGCCCCUGAAGGCACCGCGCGUGUAUACUUCAUCACGGGGACGGAACGGUGAACGGUGGAUGGAAGAGUGACGGCGAAGGCUGAGGGGAGGCUUUCAGAGGACGGAGAGGUGACCGAGGUUUUCUCGUGGGAUUGCUGGCAAUUCUCCAAAAGAGUCCCAAAUUGACUCCUGCAGCCCGGCGGGAUGUUGAGAUGGUGGCCCCCCCGCGCUGCGUCUCAACGUCCUGUCGCUGUCACGAUGGACGGAACUUGUCAUCGCCUCAUCUCUCUUGUUUUUUUUUUGUUUCCAAAAAGCGCUGUAAGCUACUAAAAUACCGCAACGGGAGGCUGGAGCUUAAACCCAAGUCCUAUUUUAAUAAGUUGUACAGUAGGUAGGCUGAGCGUUCAGACCCCCCCGCCCCCUCCUCCUCCUCCGCUUUGUUGACGGGAGCUGUCCUUUCAGCACCGGCCAUUCCUGACGCGGCUUCUGCUUUCGUUUUGGAAGAAACAGACCAAUCAAAACUCUCCUCAGAGAGCCGUGUAUGUAAAAAGCUAUAUCCGAGGAUGGUGCAAUGUUCAUAUUUUUUUUUUUUCUGUGGUAGACCCCCAGCAGGCCGCACUUUCGACUGGCUAGCUUCGGCAUAUCUUCAGUUGUUCUCCCUUCUGCAGAGGCCAGCAGAGACCUUGAUAUUAUGAUAAAUGUUUUAAAAAUAAUAGAUGGAAAAAUAUUCUAUGAUUUGGUUCCUUUUAUUUAUUUGAUUUUUUUUGCGAUUACUCGUGAUUUCUGUCCUCUAUUUAAAGAGUUUACUCCAUCUAUUGCAUGAGUCGUCACUCCGGUGCCAACACAGGUGCCACCACUCUUACCCUGGCACGCUUCUUUUUAACAAAGGUCAUAUUUGUAUUUUUAUAUCUAAAUAUUUGUUAUUUAAAGGGUAUGCUAGUCUUACACUUCAUCAACAGGAAUAUUUCUACUUCAGAGAGGAGAGGAGACCAGGCUUCAAAAAGGCGGAGCUUAGAUUUUGGUCUAUUAUCAGAGGGAGUUUUUUAAAGACUAACUGAAUGUGUCUAGGGUUUUUUGCACACAUCAAUGUUCAAUUAUUAUUAAGAAAUCGUAUACUGUGACUUGAGCUUCGUUGAUGAAUUUGUUAGAAAAUGGCAGUUUUAGAGUAUAUUGCACUGUUUACGAGUAUCCUCAAAUAACGCGUUGUUAUUUGACUGAUUUUAAACAUUAUGGUUCUUUUUUUUAUUUUUAUUCUGUUGAUUUUGUACCAUAUUUAUUUCUCGAGGAAACUGGAUAUGGUUUGUUGUGCAUGAAUCCUUAAUAUUUUCAAUAACAAAACAUCGUUUUCUGAAGCAAAAAAGCAACAAAAAUGUCAUGACAUUCUAAGAAUGAGUCAUUGUAUAUUAUGAUGCCAUUUUCACUGUAUUUGGUGAAUUAAUAAAUGGUGAAAGAAAAUGGAAA